ACUUGCAACUUGCGAAUCACAAGCACAACAACAUAAGUUAUAAAAUAAAAGUAACUUGUUAUGAUUAUAAAAAAUAUGAAAACUGGAAUUUUGAUAUCGUUUGAUUAAGUGUCUGUUUAUUACUUUACGGCAAAAACCAAAAUGCUUCGAGUCGUUCUAUUCCUUUUAUUUUGCUUUUAUACUGGGAUUUGUGGUUCUGAUGAUGCCAAGGGAGAUAAAGUUGUGACCGUGGAUUGUUCUACAUUACGUUUGGGUCAAUACAUAUGCCCUGACCCUAGUGUGGAUCAAAUAGACACCGAGACACAACAGUAUAAAGGUUGCACUAAGGGUAAAACUGUUCCUUCUGAGGGCGAAGCUGAUGUGCAAUGUAUAGCAGCUGAUGGAAUUAUAUGCACUGAAACCAACAACUCUACAUUUACUAGAAAAAUGCCCUGCAAAUGGACGAAUGGCUACUCUUUAGAAAUAGCUCUACUAUUGUCAGUCUUCUUAGGGAUGUUUGGCUUAGAUAGAUUCUACUUAGGCUAUCCUGGUAUUGGUUUAGCCAAACUGUGUACACUUGGAUUCAUGUUUUUGGGUCAGCUAUUGGAUAUCAUUUUGAUUGCAGCACAGGUUGUAGGUCCAUCAGAUGGCUCCGCAUUUGUCAUACCAUACUAUGGAGCCGGGGUUACUGUUGUCAGAAGUGAUAAUGAAACAUACCUUCUGCCACAAGCUGAUUGGCACAAUAUCACCUGACAGUGGGGUUUUAUCACCUUCGAAGAAGAUGAUGAUUAUGAAUGGACAUAGUGUCUCAGUAACAUGAAAAAUAUUUUCUCAUACAGCUGUUUUAUAUUUUUGAGAUGUAUAAUAUAG